AAAAACCACUGCAAAGAACAAACAAACAGUAUUAGCGAUUUGAAAUGAUGUACAAAUUAGUGGCCCUCUUAUCUCUGAUUGUAGCUGUGGCGAGUGGUCAGGUCCAACAGCAGAACAAUAGCAAUAAUAUCGAUGGAUUCAUAGAUCAGAAUAGGCAACAGUAUGCCCAAAACAUACGAGACUAUGAUAAACAAAUGGAAUCACUUAAGAAAAACUAUACCGCUAGUCUGCAGGUCAUCCCCAAACGUCUUAAUAUGUUAGUCAAUAGCAUAGAACAGACAGAAAAACGUUUAAAUGUCCUGGAAGUUUUAAGUGAUUCAAGUAAAAAUUGUAUCAACAAAUAUCGUUCAAAACUACCCAAUGUGAUUCUUACCAAACAAACAAUUAAUAUGUGUUUUGUUACUGCCAGCAGCCAAACUGAUGGUUUGGUAAUAGAAGCCUUUCAAACCAGAACCAGCCUGGACAGCUACUACAAAUAUAACUUUGAGGGUAAUAUAGAAAGUUGUAAGGUACAACCGGGCGAUUACAACACAUGUGUUUUAAAUGCGAUAUCCAGCGCAAAUGCCUAUACAGUCUCCAAUCGUAAGGUGUUUGAUGCACAAAUGAAAACUGCCCAAAUUAACGCUAACCGAAAUAUUCAAACGGCUUUACAGUGCAAUUAUUCGACACAAAAUCAAACUACCUCCUCCCUAGCUGAGGCCAAUACUUUGAUCAAUAGAUGCUUGCAGGGUCAAGAUGAGUGCAAACCAUGUAAUCAAGGUUUAUCAUGUCCAAAUAUUACCUAUUUGCAACGUUACGAAGUCGAUUAUAACAAUCCUUUAAUGAAAAAUGUGUUCUAUGAACGUUACGAUCUGACUAAGUGUUUACUGCUGAAAAUUGUUAAUUAG